GCCGUGCACGCAGAGCCCUACUUUUCCUGUGCGUCCCCGGCGAAUGAGCAUGACCACUAUGCAACGGCACAAAACGACUGUGCCAUCACCAUUGUCUCAGUCGACAUCUGCAGUGCACCUUGCGUCGGAACCGCUGAGCACGCUCCCGCCCCGUAGGUUGAGCAAGCGCCGGAAGACCCUCCGAGGCUUGUUCAGAAGUGACCGUGAGAACCGACCAUUCAUGUCGCGCGGCGUCUCAUCGCCGUUGGAACAUGAGGACGUGUCACGACAGCUGGGUCGGAAGGAAUCGCGUACGGGUUCUAUGAUAGCUCCCAGUACGGCAUCUGUCACAGCCAUCGAGACAUCCACAAGGCGGCAAAGUAUACUUGGCCGACUUGUCAAGCGAUUCAGUAUCGUCAGACGGUCUGAAGCUUCAAAGUUGACGAAGAGCAGCUUCCCCAGCUUUCGGCAGUCCACCGAACUCGAUUCAGGACUGGCCAUCUCUCCCAUCAGCCCAAGAUCGGACAGCCCCGACAAGUCACACCUGACGCCUACGCAGCCAAAGGAUGCACAUAGACGCGUGCCAGUGCCCGCGGAGGACAUGAACGCGGAUAAGCAUGGCGACCUGUAUUCGAAAGACGAUGCAGAGUCCCUCAUGUCGGUGGACAACCGGUAUUCAAUGGGGAAGCUCAUGGUUGCCAAUCCGGAUGAUUCUGGCUCGGACCUUGACUUGCCAGAAAGAGGCAACAGGCCGCAAGGACAUGCUCAAGACGGCGAUAUGCCUUUCAGCACGUCCCCUGAACCUCUUUCAUACUCGCCACCGCAACCACCCUUCUUUGGCCAUCCCAUACGAGGUCCUCUAUCUGUCAUUUCGGAGGGCGAGACGUACAUGUCGUCCCCGAGGAUGCAGCCGGAGCAAGCUCUCGAAGAGUCACCCAGGACUCCACCGACGAUACCCUCCCUUCUGUCUCUGCCUGCUCGGUCUGCUGCGCUCCCGAUGGACCAUGUCGUCCAAGCUGCAUCGCCUCCCCUGCCUGACCUGCCACUACCUUCGGGCAGCCUACCAGAGAUACCCACCGCUCCCUCGAUGACCUCUGUGGUAUCCCCGCCUGCGCCUAUAUCUGCGCCUGCACCCUCCACCGUACCUGCGCCUGCACCCUCGGUCUCGUCUGCACCUGUGCCCAGGAAAGAGGCGUCACUUCCACCGACUCCCGAGGGUUCUCGAGUCGUCACACCGCCUAUGCAAGAGCCAAAAUUUGAACUACAAGUCGAGCGAAAGCUAGAGCCUUCAGCCAUAGACCCUACAACCGAUCGCACCCCGAGACCUAAACCCCAGUCGCUCUCUCAGUCUGACCCGUCGAACGCUCGUUCAUUUUCUACGCCACCACAACGACCUAUUCAUCGGACACUGUCUUCUAACACAACGGAUACUUCUAUUCUAGCCAGGGCCUCUUUGAUUGUGAACCCUCCAACUCCUCAGGCACCAUCGAUUGCGAUCCCGCCCUCCACUUCGCAACAGCCGACGGCUGUUUCGAUUUCCCAAGACGAACCAAAGUCUCCCACUCGAGAUGAAUCGCCUACCAAGAAGGAUGGAUCCCGCCGCAUGCGGUCAAAGCACACUGAGACCUUCAAACUCGUCCGGACCCCUUCGGGCAACGUGCAACCAGUUGGCAAUAGCUUCGUGGCCGAUGGUGAGCACUGGCAUGUGGUCGAAUCUCCCAAAGAGGAGACAUCGAGGAAAAGCAGGCGUGAGCGUGAGUCGUCUGAUGACCGCGACCGGUCAUCGAGGCGCAAGAGCAAGCGUGCGGAAAGGGAAGGUGCUUCUGAGGACAGUGACCAGCAGCGAGCUCGGGAGCAGACUGGUUCCCCUGAGCGCGGUCUUUUUCAUGGAGACGGUGAACGCCUCUCCUCAAAUCCUCAUAGAUACAGCGACGACUCUCAUAAGAGGUCUAGUGCCCCGGACGGACGACGCAGUCAUCGCGACACUCAGCACGACGUGGCGCGUGCCACGCAGACGCCCAUCACUCACAGCUCGAAAUCCUACGUUCCGUCAUCUUCCCCUUGGGGCGCCAAUGUUGAGAGACGUACGUCGACAACUGCCUCGACUCGUCCGUCGUCUGACUUCCAGUCUGUCGCCGACAUUAACACUCUGAAGGCGACGGAUGCAUGGGAGAUUGAGAGGAUGUGGAAGGGCCGGAGCAUGAUCUACGCACCCAACAACAUGCACGUCAACGGAAACCACCGGCACCACAUCAGCAGCGACUCCCGACCGACGACCAUCAUGAGCCACGACCUGCACCGCGCGAGCACCAUCCCCAGCGUCGGCGACGCGGCGCAAACCACUCUGUCGACAUAUGGCUCUAGCCAUACCUCAUUCACCCUCGCCACGCCGCCGCACUCUCCACAGCAUGCCGCGAGCUACCCCAGAGCUGCCCCAGUCGGGACAACUCGCCAGCCGGCCACGUUCACCUUGCCACUGCUUCCGCCGUUGAGCUCGUCGCCCCCGAACCCGCUGCCUGAACCGCCCCGCAUCUCGUCUUACAAACCGGUGCCGUUCCCACUCGCUCUUGGAGGCACCGGCGAGGGCACCGCUUCCACCAAGUAUUGGAACAGACAUGCUAGCGUCACUGUGUCUCACUGAUACCCCUGCAUCGCAACUACACAACUACGCAAUCACGGACUGCUACUGACUUGUUUAGAACUACUGCAUCUGACUCUCACAUUGUCAUUGACGCUUAUACAACUUCCUCGUCCAAGUCGGAUUACAACUCGUCUCUGCCCUCUGUGUCGCCGCUCUGUAGCUGCUGGGUUUUCGUGUCCCUUCUAUCAUCGUCCUUAGUUCACGCCCUGUCUUCCUCUUCCUGCACGGUUUUUUCCAAGUGGACCCUUGCGAUCUGUACUUUUUACCUGCGCUACUUUAUUCGUCACAUUGUAUUGCUUCAUUAUUCUGUAAUAACCCACACACUUUGGCCAGCGAUCCUUCAGAAGAGUAUGCAUUGAAAGGCCGAGAUGCAGUGAGAUGUAUAGUGUCAAACAUGAGGUGCAGGCGUACAAAAUGCAGCAGCGACAAGAAAAUAUGACCGGCAUAUUAUCUAGAGACAAACAUACAACAUAUGGAACCAGACUACAACAGGGGACGGGCAUGAUCAAGAUCUCGAGAGCUCGAUGUCCGGGUGGACCGGGAACUUGGGCUGUGGGUAGUCGUCCCAGGUGCGCUCCGAGUCGAGGAAUCGACGAAGGCGUGCGACCUGCGAAGGAAGAGGUACAUGACAAUAAUCUGCAUCUCCAUUUCGAGAUU